AUGGAGUUGAUACGCCUAGCUGACAGAUUUUCUGGUUUUCUCUCCAUAGCUAAUGUUCGUGCUAAAGCUAAUGAUUUUAUUGUUGAUCGUUUGAGUUACAAAUUUACAUCAGGUAUCUUGUGUGCAUUUGCAUUUUUUUGUGGUGUAAGAUCAAUUUAUACGGUGCCUAUUAUUUGUUGGAUACCGGCUCAAUUAAGACGGUAUGAAAGAGCAAUCACAGCAUAUUGUUAUGCAAAUAAUACAUAUUAUGUACCGGAUGAUAGACGUGUACCAUCGACUGCGAAUGAACGGUACGACAGUUUGAUUAUAUAUUAUCAAUGGUUGCCAUGGAUCCUUGCAGUUCAAGCAUUUUUCUUUUAUUUGCCAAAAUUAGUAUGGUAUUUAGCACUGGCAGGUAGUGGACAAAAUGUGAGAUCUUUACUAGAAGCUGCAACUAAACUAUCUAGUGUACCUAGUUUCGGAAAGAAAAUAUCACUAUCAGCAUUACGUGAAGACCAACUCGUUUAUUUAAAUUCACAAUUAUUUCGUCGAGACAAAGGAGAUUCUAUACAUCACGUUGUACAAGGUCGUAGUCGACUAUAUACAUGUUAUUUUAUACUGUGUUAUUUAGGUGUAAAACUUUUAUAUUUCUUAAAUUGCCUAUUACAAAUUUGUUUCAUUCAUCUUAUGAUUGGUUCACGUACAUUAGACACAAACAGUUUUAAUCAUCUAAAACAUGAUGUAUUAGAGAAGCAUUUUAUUGGUCAAUUUGUAAAUAAAUUGAGUUCAGGUGUAUCCGAACUAAUCGAUACAAGUUCAUUUCCAAAACGAACACUCUGUGAUUUUACAUUUCGUGAAUUAGCAUCCAAUCAUGCAUAUACCGUCGAAUGUAUACUACCGUUAAAUAUAAUUGUUGAAAAAAUGUAUGCAUUCUUAUAUAUUUGGUUUAUUUUAUUAGCAUUUAUUAUUUUUAUUGAUUUUUUCAAAUGGAUUGGAUAUUUAACACAUUGUCUUGUUAGUAGUGAUAAAACACGUGAACAUUACAUACGAACACAUCUUAUUGAUCAAAAACAAUAUACUUCCGAUGCUAUCAGAGCGUUUACCAAAGAUCAUUUUACUGGCAACAAUUACUUUUUACUGAAACUUUUAUCAAAAAAUAUUUCUACUUUUGUUGUUGUUGAUAUGUUAGAUUAUUCUUUUAAAACAAAUGCAAGUAAUAAAAAAGAGAAGUAA